ACUAUAAAUUUAAGUGAUUUGCAUAUGUGACAGGUGCAAGUGUCAAAAACAAUGUAUUGCUGUAGAGAACCGAAACUAAUUUAUGUCACUAUCGUUCUUUUGCUCAAAAUUGAAUUGCUGAGCAGUGCUAUGGAGUCGAAGAAGUCAUCUAUACUGGUCGCGCAGAACGCUGACGAUUUGAAGUCAUUAGAGUUGUGCACUACGAGGAACCAGCAGAGGCUCGGUAGCGUAUUUGGGAACUUCACGAGACAUCACAAGAAAGGUCACAGAAGAAGAACAACAACAUCUACAUCAACAACAAUGGUUUACACAACAUUUGAAAACUAUGGAUCAACUGAAAUACCAACAACUACUGAAUACACACUUAGUGUACACCCAACGUAUCCCAAAUUACCGAAACCUCUACGCCUUUCAUCCUCCACAUUAGAUAACGAUUAUAAUGACGAUGUAAAUAAUAUAGAUAACAUUAUAGAAGAGCAAGUAAACGAGCUAAAUAGAAGGCAUAAUAAAAAUAGAAUAACUAGUAAAGAACUGGCUGAGGAAUUAGACGAAACGUCACUAUCAAAAUCGUUGAAUAAAGUAAAGAAAAUGUACAGAGACUCAACGGCUUCGGCUGUGAAUAAAUUAAGUGGGAAAAGUGGUAAAAGUGGAAUAUUUUUGACUGAAAAUUGUACUACAGUUAUAGCCCAGAUAGGCACGACUGCGAUACUACAUUGUGAAGUUAGUGAUAUAACAGAAAAUACAGUAACUUGGAUAAGGAAAAAGGACUAUUCCCUACUGUCAGUUGGUUUAGUAACUUACAGUGCUGAUAAUCGAUUCUUCUCAGCGCACGGGAGACAUGUUAAA